AUAUGUUGCCCCAAAUGCCCACUAGGUGAGGUCAAUACGUGAUACGUGUGCUACGCGACGUGAUCAGUUGGAAUCGAGGAGGCCUCUCUUACCAGGAUCGGAAAAGCUGUGACUUCAAGGGGAAAAAAUGUCCAACACAGGCCCCAAGAUGGACUUUGUCUCAGAUGGGACUUACUACGGCAAACACCAGGUGCGCGUCAUGCAGCAUCGCCGACGCGGCAACGUGCACGACAUCAAGGAAGUGACUGUGGACACACACCUGUCCUUGGCUAGGCAGAGGGACUUCAUUCAUGCCGACAACUCGGAUGUCAUUGCCACAGACAGUCAGAAGAACACGGUUUAUGCUCUGGCCAAAACCAAAGGGAUAACGAGCCCAGAGCAGUUUGCCAUAGACCUGAGCCAUCAUUUCCUGACGAGCUACGCGCAGGUUGUCAGGACUGAGAUCUCCGUGGAGGAAACCCCCUGGCGACGAAUGGACCAGUCCGGCAUAGAGCACGUGCACGCUUUCAUCCAGACGCAUGAAGCCAAGAGAUUUUGCACUGUGCAGCAGGAGAAACACGGACUCCCUAAGGUGUGGGCAGGUCUGAGCGGGAUGAAGAUUCUGAAGACAACCCAGUCUGGAUUUGUGGGAUUUGUGCGAGACAAGUUCACCAGUCUGCCUGAAACCACAGACCGAGUCUUCUGCACGGCUGUUGCCGGCAAGUGGCUGUAUUCUAAAGUCGCCGGGAUGGACUUUGACAAAACUUGGGAAAUUUGUAAGAAUUGCAUUCUGGAUAUCUUCGCUGGGCCACCAGAGACUGGAGUGUAUUCCCCCUGCGUUCAGCAGACGCUGUACCAAGCAGCACAGCAGAUGAUGGCCAAAGUACCUCAGGUGGAGCAAGUGGAACUGGAGAUGCCCAACAUUCACUACUUUUUUGCCGACCUCAAGAAAAUCGGAAUGGAGAACAGUGGAGAGAUCCUGAUGCCAACUAGCGAACCACAUGGGUACAUCCGUGCUGCUGUCCGUCGCUCUCCCAGUUCUCGCCUUUGAGGGGUCAGAGGUCAACAUAAUAACAUCGUCCACUGGAAACAGGUGCUCUAAGCAGCCCUAGGCCUAUUCUAAAGAUAAUAACAAACGGGUUUCUGUUUGUGGCUUCCUUUUAUUUUCUUCAUAAAAGUUAAAACUUUAUUACCAGUUUAAAAAUUAUUUCUUUUUCAGUACUCAGCCCACCUUUUAAAACUUUACUAGUUAGCGGACAUGAAUUUUUGGUAUCCACUGCAAACACGUAUGUACAGUAAAGAAAGACACUGUCUUUCAAAAAAUCCUGAUUUUUUUUACAUUGGCUUUGGGGUGUCAACCCUCGCCAAGAGUGCUUAUAUUUGUUGAAAAAAAAAAAAAAAUUCAGGGGAAAAGUAAAAUAAUUUUUUAAAAAGUGCUUUCAAACUUGUGACUUAAUGUUACAGUCGAAAGGGCCCAUAAAAUUUUAUUUUUUUAAUGUAAUUCUUGCAAAUGCACCUUUGUGUCCCAUUUAACCUUAUUUUCAAUUUGCCGUUUUCAAGGGUAUUGUGGUGCCUUUUUGGUUUUGAUGCUAAUGCAAAUUUCCAUAUUCAUGAGCAAAAGCGUGAUGUCAUAUCAGGCAGAAACCUCAAUGUUGCAAUUGGUUUGUGCACCAAAAGUUGCAAUUGGUUUGGACAUUUCGCUUUUG